UUGCUUUUUAGGGUCGGCUAUGCUGGCGAUUUUGUACCACGGGCUAUCAUUCACUCACAGUUCCUGGAAGAGUCGAUCUAUGAGUCUGGCGACACUAUUUCCGACCGCCCUCAAGCUUCACAACCAACUUUGUCUCGUAUGGUGAAAUUCUUCCGCAACAUUUUCAACAGCUACCUCUUAACGAUGCCGCGUGAACGACGAGUGGUCAUUGUUGAGAGCUUGCUCACACCCACACAAUUCAGGGAAACCGUUUGUGAGGCACUCCUUGAAGUUCUGAAUGUUCCCAGUGUUCUUUUUAUUCCUUCUCACCUCGCUGCAACAUUUCCUUUCAACACAGAGUACGCACUCGUUGUCGAUGUUGGCUAUGUUGAAACCCUUGCAGUUCCGAUUGCCGAAAGUGUAACGAUGUUGUCUUGUUGGGAACUUUCGAAUGUUGGUGCGAUGAGAUUGGAAGAUCGCGUCCGGGAGCUGCUGAAGGUUCACGGACGCGUGGACAGUGGCGAUGGUGUUCGUGAACUUAAGGAAGACGACUGGAAAAUAAUAGAGGAUUCAAAUAUUCGUUCCGGAUUCAAAUAUUGUGCGAAGACAUAUGCUCGUGCCGUUUUGUUAUUUUUGCCUGUCCCUUUCGAACGUGAGCAUGGUUUGCCUCCUGUAAAAUCUGCGAAAGUACCUCUAGGAGCUGAGUUCCUCAUAAUUCCCGGAUUCGUGCGAGAAGCUGCCUGUGAAGUUUUCUUUGAACGAAGCAAUGAAGAUCCAUCCAUAGCCCAAAUGAUUCACAUGCUAGUUGAAAGAUGCCACUGGAUCUUCCGCAAAUUGAUGUUCGAGAGCAUUUUGCUUACAGGAGGCCCUACACUCAUUCCUGGAUUUCCUCAGUCGACUGAAGGAAGAAAUCGCCGAUAUCGCGAAGACCAGUCCAAGUAA